UUUCAAGUAAUGCAUCCACGGUCAGGCAUCAUGUGCAGAGUUCCAACAUUGCCCAUAUCAAAACCAAUCCAAAUAUGGUCAUUGAUCUUAGUGAUGAUGAUUCUGAGGGUAUACAUGUUGCUGAUAAUAGGAAUCAAACAUCAAGCAAUCGAACUCUUGUACGACGUAGCAACAAUCGGCCGACAAAUGCGG